CCCUUGUGUCGUAAAAGGGUGAGUGAACCGCCUCAUUGUUAUUUAUUGCAUUUGUCUCUAAUAAUACAUUAAUUAGCCAUUUUACUGAUACAUCAAGUGCAAUAACAUAGUUCGCGACAGGCAUGCCGAUGUGAGUAAUAUAGGAAAGGUGUGGCACGUCGCUGGGGCGUUGUUUCGUGGUGCAGUGACAUUAUUAACGUGAAAAAUAUUUUGCCUAUCUCGUAAGAUGACCGAAUAUAAACUGGUGGUGGUAGGCGCCGGAGGCGUCGGUAAAUCUGCAUUGACUAUACAACUUAUACAGAAUCAUUUUGUGGACGAAUACGAUCCCACAAUAGAGGAUUCAUAUAGGAAACAAGUGGUGAUAGAUGGUGAAACGUGCUUGUUAGAUAUAUUGGAUACAGCUGGUCAAGAGGAGUACUCGGCAAUGCGCGACCAGUACAUGCGAACAGGGGAGGGCUUCCUCUUGGUGUUCGCAGUGAACAGUGCGAAGAGCUUCGAGGACAUCGGCUCGUAUCGAGAACAGAUCAAGCGGGUCAAAGACGCAGAGGAGGUGCCCAUGGUGCUGGUGGGCAACAAGUGCGACCUGCAGGCGUGGGCCGUCAACAUGGCGCAAGCGCGCGAGGUGUGGGCGCUCCCCAGGCCGCCUGUAGACCCGACCUCUUCGGUCGCUACCGUGCAAACACAUCCUUCUCUCGUCGGAGAACAGAACUUGCCUCCAUUACUCAACCUCCCUUCUCAAGAAGGGUGCGAGCACAUCGAAGGCAUGCUUGUUGGUGAGCUGCCGUUAGCUUCGGGCCUGUGGCAGGCCUUUUUGGAGUCAGAGUCGCUUGCUUGCGUCGCCGACGAACUGUCCACUCGCUGGCUACUACCCCACGAACAUAUCGGAGCUCCUGUUGGACGUCGAUACCAGUUAAAUGCCGAUUUCGGAGGGAGUCAGCUACCCAGGAACAUAACUGAGCAGGCAGACCGUAUGCCUAAGCUCGUAGAGAAGGCUUUUGUGCCAGACCCUAUCAAAGGCCUUGAUGAUGUCGCGCGAAGUUACGGCGUGCCUUUCGUGGAGACGUCAGCCAAGACGCGCAUGGGCGUCGACGACGCGUUCUACACGCUCGUGCGCGAGAUCCGCAAGGACAAAGACAUGCGCGGCAAGCGCAACCGGAGAGGGAACAAGAUGCCGCGGCGCAGGUUCAAGUGCACGCUCCUCUAGAUUUACUUUAAUGCGUCUGAUUCACAUUUGUCGAUAAUGAAUACCGAGUACCGACCGACCGAAAAUAAGAGGCAGCCUAGUGCUAGUUUUUGAACUUUGUAAGAUAUAAUGGUUUUCACGGUGAAGGAAUUUGUCGUAGCAUGCGACGUUACUCACCAGACGGCGCUUUUCCAAUGGCGCGUUUACCCAAUCGAUUACUUACUUAUUAUAAGGCAAAAACUAAUACUCGGUGAUUAUUUAUGUCGAAGGAGUUCUAAAAACUUUGGCAUAUAAUUGUAAUAAUUAUAUUAUAAAGCGCUCAAGUUUUGGUAAAAGAAAGGGAGGAAUAUAUUUUUCUAAAAAAAUGCCUAUUUAAUAACAGUUGAGGCUAUAUUAGUUAGACAGUAGCACUUCGAAUAUCGCUCUUGUUAAAGUAUAAUAAAGGCUUUGUCAAGGACGAGUCUGCUAUUUCUAUAGACCUAUAAUAUUUAUUAGCACCCAAUAGUAUUCAGGGAAGGUAUUCAUUACCGGUAAGUGAUAUAAUAUUUCUAUGUAUUAAUAAUAUACAGCUAAUGUUAGUUCCGAAGCAGUCCCUUUGGUCGGUAUAUCUCAUCUUAUAAUGCUUGACAGAUGAGAUCGGGAUGGGCUCAUAAGUUGCUAAGAGAUUGAGUUUUAUAAUUAACCUCUGUCACAAGUAUUUUCGGUACUUAAAUACGUCGAAGGAAGUGUGACUGACACACUAGAAUUACCGCAAAUAGUUUAGAUGUGUUUGUGUAUCUCAAUAGUAUUGUUUAUGUACAAAUGUACCUUACAUAAAAAUUAUGUGUGUAUUUUCAUUGGUAGUUAAGUGUUUAUAAAAUGAAAGCCGAAACUCAAUCUCAAACUCUCAAGGUGCUAUUAUAAAUCAUAGUACACUUGCAGUAGAGGAGCCCCGUUUGCCAUAAUAUAAAUUCUUUAUAAAUAUUGGUCAAAUGUCGCGAGGCGUCGUCUUUUCCAGUUUAUUAGUUUUAAGCUUACUACAUUCGAGACUAUACUUUCGUGAAAGAAAUUAAGAAACAAAACCAGAUGCCAAAAAAUUACGUACUCGGUGGAUUUCUUACGUUUACAUUUUGUUUUAAUGACCUAUUUGUAACAAUGGUUGUGCGCAAUACAGUUUACUAUUUCAAGUACUAUUACUAUUGGUUGUUAGUGAUCUGUUUAUUAUUAAAUCCAAACGCUGCAUCAUAUUCACAUGUUACCGAAAUAAAUAGGUAUUGGGGAGAAAUGAUAUACUACAUUUUGCAUACUAAUUAAUAUAUGAGAACAAUUCAUCCGGCUCUGGAGAGUGAACAGUAUGAAGGAAAUUUUUUAAUUAAAAUUUAACGUGUUUUUAAGGCUAUAUUAAAAAAAAUCUUUACACUAACUUCUUAUGAACUUUAUGUUUUGUUAGUGAACCAUCACAUAAAACUCCUCUUCCCAUUGUCCAUGAUGGACGUGUUUAUACACGCACGGUUGUGUAGAGGGCAUAGUUGUCCAUGAUUGGCCAUCAUCGCCUGUAAUCGUGAGUAAGCGGUAAAUUGUCGGUACAUCAAAGGGAUGCGUGCGUGUCAAUGAUUGUGCGCGUUCGAUCGAAUAAACGAUCGGCAAUCACUCGGUUCAUAAAUGGCUGCGGUAUGAUUAGGGCAAGCACUUUUAAUUUUUUUUUUUAUUGUAGUUCUACAAUUUAUUGCGUACUUUUACCAAGUACUUAAUUACAAUUGCGGAACCCAAAUUGAUUCAUGGUGACACAAACUUAUCGAACUGUAUGAAAAUAAACCUGCAAUUUGGUACACAAAUAAUUGAAAUAUACCAAUAAAUCUUAUCAACACUUUUUUAUGGUAUAGAUUUAAAUAAUUAUUAUAGUCAAUAAAUAAAUAAAUAAUUAGCGACAGGCUGCAGCUGCCAGUACCAGUUACCAGUUCGACAUCCAUCUCGGACAGAUGACAAACGUAUAAACGCACUAUUUGUGGACUGCCACACAAUGAUCGUAUCGAUCAUGGCCAAUCUUGUGAUCAUCCAUCAUGGCGGAAAUCUUGUGUUCGCCCAUCAUGGCCAAUGGUGUAGAGGAGCUUUUAAAUACAAUAGAUUAUGAAGCUGACUGUACAUAUCUCUUCCUUUUUCUGUUGAGUUGACGAACUCAACACACAUUUCAGAGUCAUUUGUCGAGAUACCACUUUAUCAGUACUCCACUAAGACCAUUUUAAUUGCGUAUGAAGAUGAUGAAUCACUAUUUUCGUUGAAUAUUAGAAAGUUGCGCGCCUAGCAGGCCCUCAUGGUCUGCAGAUGGUAUCGAAAAAUAUAGUUUGUCCAUCUUUCGUUGCACUGCAUGCUCGAUGAUGGAUGACAAACUAUGGCCUUAGCUUAUCUCCACGUUCCUAGUGAAGAAUAACAAUGUAAAUUACUCAUAUCAAUAAUUGUUGUUGAUCCAUCAGAACGUUGAGUGAGUCAACAAGUGUAUAUUUAUAACGCUAGCUGUAUCAUCCAAAACUUUUUUAGUACCUACCUAGUUUUUCUAUGUAAUAAAUAAUAAAAGGCAAAACUGAAAAAAUCAAUGAUAUCUAAUAUGUUAGGUCUCUACAUGCCUACCUAAAGUUUUCAGAAUGUCAGAAUUUUUAUACCGAAUACUAAAUACAUCUUGCCUACAAACGCUCAGACUUUUAAUCUUAUAUUAUUUUUUUUUAAUUUACAAACAAUACAUGGUACAGGGUGGUUUUGUUGUUUGUGGUCAUACCAACUAUUGCUCUCGCACCGGAUAGUAGCCAUUUGGUAAAAUCCUGUUUAAAACCUUAUAAUAAACAUUAUUUAAUGUCAUUAUUAGUAUGCCACUUAAACUUAUUGGUUGAUAUUUAUGAUGGUACCAUACCGGAAAUUUACUUCCGAAAAGACCGCAUCAUUGAUAU